AUGUCAAAGCUAUUCACGCCUCUCAAAGUCGGACGCAUAACGCUUAACCAGCGCAUCGCCAUGGCCCCAAUGACCCGACUCCGAGCCGAUACUUCUCAUCUUCUCUUGCCAUCAGCCAAAGAAUACUACCAGCAACGCGCUAGCGUGCCUGGGACUCUCAUUGUCACCGAAGCUACGAUCAUCAGCCCUCGACAUGGCGGUUAUAGCAACGUUCCCGGGAUAUUCAACGACGAACAAAUAGCCUCUUGGAAGGAAAUCACCAAGGCAGUUCACGACCAGGGAUCAUAUAUAUUUUUACAACUCUGGGCUAUGGGUCGCGCGGCAAAUCCUAGCAUCAUGGCGCACAGUGGUCAUGAUUUGGUUUCCGCCAGCGACGUCCCCAUGAAGAGCAUGUUCAGUGAAGAGAGGCAUCACCCUGUUCCAAUGACAGAGUCAGAGAUCCAGGGUACUAUCUCGGAUUUUGCAGCUGCGGCGGAGAAAGCCAUGUUAGCUGGCUUUGAUGGCGUGGAGAUACACGGUGCGAAUGGGUACUUGAUUGAUCAGUUCCUUCAAGAUGUUACGAACAAGCGGACCGACAAGUGGGGUGGGGGAGUCGAGAAUAGGUCGAGGCUUGCUGUGGAAGUUACCAGUGCUGUCGUCAAGGCAAUUGGAAAUGAACGCACGGCGAUUCGAUUGAGUCCCUGGAGUCGAUAUCAAGAGAUGGGAAUGGAAGAUCCUGUUCCUCAAUUCUCCGAUGUGGCUCGACGACUAGCUGAAUUCAAGCUGGCAUAUUUGCAUAUUUGCGAGUCUGAUGGAGAGCCGAAGGAGAGUAUCAAAUGGUUGCUUAGGGCCUAUGGUGAUGCUAGCCCUCUUUUGGUGGCGGGUGAAUACGAUGGGGAAUCAGCUCGGAAAGCCGUGGAUACCAAGUAUGUGGACCAUGAUGUUGUGGUGGCUUUUGGUCGUCCAUUCAUCUCGAACCCUGACCUGGUACUUAAGGUCAAGCAUGGUCUUCCACUUGCGCCUUUGGAUCCGGCGACGAUGUAUGGUCAAAUGUCAGAGGGGUAUACUGAUUACCCGUUCAGCGAACGGUUCAGCCUUGAAGACCCUGCUCUGUGA